AUGCAUCUCUGUGGACUAUCCUUUCUUUUACUCUCUACGAGUGUUUACUGCCUAUCACUGAACCCGUCUUUGAACCGGCGAGCGACCGCAGAAAUUCCUUCUAACUCUUUCAACUCUUUCGACACAUACUGGAAUUAUCUUUAUCCCUGGGGCGACACCCACAAUGGCGGUUCGCGCAUGGAUACCGACCAUGUCUCCGUGAGUGAUGGUAUUCUCACUUUGACAGCCGAGCCUGUAUCAGGUGAGCCCUCGCCCAUCCGUUACCUCUCGGGGGCGAUCCACGCCAAGUCAACCUUCGCAGUUAAGGAAGGUGGAGGGUUAGACCUUAACGCCGAGUUCAUCGCACCUGUAUCCAAGGGGACCUGGCCAGCAUUCUGGCUGAACGCAGCGAGCGGAUGGCCUCCGGAGAUUGACAUUGCCGAGUGGAAAGGCUCGGGUAAGAUCUCGUUCAACACAUUCAAUACGUCAAGCGAGGUCACAGAGCUGGACAUAGACUACCAAGAUCCGACGGACUGGCAUUCCGUCAAGGCCGAGCUGCGUGAUACGAAUGGGUCGGAUGUUAGCGUCAAGUUGUACCUUGAUGGAGAGCUAGUAACGACACAGUAUGCGAGGGACUAUGUUGGCAAGGGACUACGCCUGCAAGUUAUCACAGUACCAAUUUGA